CAGGUGAGACAGCAGAGGCACAGAGAGAUUAAGGAAUCUAGCCACAUUCCCACAGCUGUUUCAGUAGCUGCUCCUCUCCGUGUGGCUGGAAGAACACCCCUUCCUGGCGUCCCUCGGAGCUGCCAUUUGAUGCAGAGGCCUGAGGUGAACCCCUGCUCGCAUCCCUCCCUGCCAAAUUCCGGGAACCAGUUGAAUUUCAAAAGUCCGCUGGCCACAGGACUGGUGCGCAGGCUUGGACCUCUGACCACAGCCAGCUAAGCCUGGGAACACGGGCAGCCGCGGACAGCCCAGCCUGGAGCAGCCGUCUUUGACCUCGACCCUCCGAGAAGCAGCCCCAUGAAGGUGGCCAGCCAUGCAAUGUUCCUGGAAGGCCGUCCUCCUCCUCGCGCUGGCCUCCAUAGCCAUCCAGUACACCGCCAUCCGCACCUUCACCGCCAAGUCCUUCCACACCUGCCCAGGGCUGGCCGAGGCCGGGCUGGCCGAGCGGCUGUGCGAGGAGGGUCCCACCUUCACCUAUAACCUCUCCCGAAAGACCCACAUCCUCAUCCUGGCCACCACGCGCAGCGGCUCGUCCUUCGUGGGCCAGCUCUUCAACCAGCAUCUGGACGUCUUCUACCUGUUCGAGCCCCUCUACCACGUGCAGAACACGCUCAUCCCGCGCUUCACCCAGGGCAAGAGCCCCGCAGACCGGAGGGUCAUGCUGGGUGCCAGCCGGGACCUCCUGAGGAGCCUCUACGACUGCGACCUCUACUUCCUGGAGAACUACAUCAAGCCGCCCCCUGUCAACCACACCACCGACAGGAUCUUCCGCCGCGGGGCCAGCAGGGUCCUCUGCUCGCGUCCCGUGUGCGACCCUCCGGGGGCUCCCGACCUGGUCCUGGAAGAGGGGGACUGCGUGCGCAAGUGCGGCCUGCUGAACCUGACCGUGGCCGCCGAGGCCUGUCGCGAGCGCAGCCACGUGGCCAUCAAGACGGUGCGCGUGCCCGAGGUGAACGACCUGCGGGCUCUGGUGGAAGACCCCCGGUUGAACCUCAAGGUCAUCCAGCUGGUCCGGGACCCUCGGGGGAUUCUAGCGUCCCGGAGCGAGACCUUCCGCGACACGUACCGGCUGUGGCGGCUCUGGUACGGCACGGGCAGGAAGCCCUACAACCUGGAUGUCACGCAGCUGACCACCGUGUGCGAGGACUUCUCCAAUUCCGUGUCCACCGGCCUCAUGCGGCCCCCCUGGCUCAAGGGCAAGUACAUGCUGGUGCGCUACGAGGACCUGGCCAGGAACCCCAUGAAGAAGACCGAGGAGAUCUACGGGUUCCUGGGGAUCCCCCUGGACGGCCACGUGGCCCGCUGGAUCCAGAACAACACGCGGGGCGACCCCACCUUGGGCAAGCACAAAUACGGCACCGUGCGAAACUCGGCGGCCACCGCCGAGAAGUGGCGCUUCCGCCUCUCGUAUGACAUUGUGGCCUUCGCCCAGAACGCCUGUCAGCACGUGCUGGCCCAGCUGGGCUACAAGAAGGCCGCCUCGGAGGAGGAGCUCAAGAACCCCGCCAUCAGCCUGGUGGAGGAGCGGGACUUCCGCCCCUUCUCGUGACACGGCGUGACACGGCGCCGGGUUUGAUAAAGGGACCAUUUUAACUGUUGCCUUAUUCCCCACCCCCACCCCGUCUUCGUGUCCUUCCCGCCCCCUGCCCACCCCGCCCCCUUCUGCCUUUUUGUCUCCGAUAUUUGCACUACACGCCUGGGACGGGAACCGGGCAGAGGGCGCACGUGAAGUGGGGCCCGCCCGCCCCCCCCCAUUCCGACACUCAGAGGUUGGGUCUCCCGGGGACGGUGACGAUGUUUACAGCACCCCGCGCACACAUUCACGCACGCACAUGGGCCCACCAGGAGAGGCACCCCAACACACGACUUCUCCAAUUUUUUGGAAUGAAUGAGUGGUUGGGGGAUCGUAGUUUUUGCACUGUUUUACUUCUACAAGGUAAGAGGAUAGAAACGAAAGGACCCCUCUCUCGAACUUCCGAAAGGGGUCUGUCCCUCCCGAUCCCUGCUUCCCGGCCCUGGCCCUCUUCCUCCCAUAGAACAGAGAACCCCCUCCUGCCCGCCCUUGCCUGUCGGUGAGCAGGUUUUACUGUGAGGUGAACGUGGACGUCGUUUAUUUUUUCCAGUCUGUGGUGAUGCUGUCUGUCUGUCUGAGUCUUGUGGCUGCCCCUGGACAGUGAUGGCUGAUGAAUCUUUUAAGUUUCUGAUUGAUCUUGGGGUCCAUCUGUGAUAUUUCUUUGUGCCAAAAAAAAAAAAAAAAAGAGUGAAUCAAGUUUGCUAAAUGAACAUUGAAAUGCUUUAUCUGUGUUUUCUGUAAAUAAAAGUGUGCA